AUGGCGUCAGAUUCAGGUGUCAGAAAAUUCCUUCCUUACGCCGGUAAGUGGACCGCCACCACUCUUUCCUCUUACGACACGGAUGUGGUUCCAGAACCAUCAUUGCGUUUAGACUUACAAAAGUUUUGGGAAAAUCAAUUAAUCUUUCCCUAUUCUGUUGAUAACCUCGUGCAUGCAUUUGGGGGACCCAAGCCAAGUGAUAAAAGUCGGAAUUCCAAGGUUUUGUCUAUUUUUCCUGUUUAUAAGCCUUGUGUUCCUAGGGUUUUCAUUAGUGAACCCUAUAAUUUUAGCUAUAUCAAGGCGCCUAACAGAGUGUUUCGAUCAGCUCCUUCUUUGAAUGAUCAAUACCUUGGCUGGUUAGACAGGGUACAACGUGACAAAGCUGACAUUUGGCAAGCUUGUGGCAUUUAUGACCUUAUUCAACUUUCUCGGACAGGCCUUAAAUAUCAGCAAGAGAUGAUUAUUGCUGCUUUACACUUCUUUGAGUCUUCCACCAACACUUUCCACUUCGAAUGUGGCAUGAUGACUCCUACACUGCUGGAUGUUGCUGCCAUUACUGGCUUAUCGCCUCUUGGCGACACUUAUGAUCCUUGCAAAGCUUCCGACACCAUCAAAUUCGACUUUCGAAACAAGUCUUACUCUAAAUACAUCGUGGAGAAUCGAAAGACUAGUGAUGAAGUAAGUGACGAAGAACACAUCGCUUUCUUAACCUUAUGGCUAUCGCAGUAUGUCUUCUGCACUCAAUCUCUUCAAGUAGCCAAGAAAUUCAUCCCUAUGGCUAUUCAAUUACAUGAGUGCCAGCAAUUCAACUUCGCUCGACUUAUUCUUGGAUGUCUUUAUGAAUCCAUGAGGGAUGCUUGUGAACAUCUUAAAAGAACAGGUGAUGGAUCCACCUUUUUAGGUGCUGGCCCUUUCUGGUUACUGCAAUUAUGGCUAACUGCCACUUUUCAUGCUGAGCUUGACCUUUUCUUGCCUGAGCCAUACUAUGAGGAAUCAAGAACACGUCGAGUCGAAGGCACGAGGUUGGCGAGAAUGGUGCCUAGGGAAAGAGGCCUUGGUUAUGAUGUGGCUUUCCAACAGUAUUUUAAUACUUUUCUCAGCCUGAAGAAGUUCAAGCCUAGCUUUGCUCCCUUUGUGGAUAGGCCACUUGGUCCUCCUUGGUUUACUCACAGAUUUCCUUCUCCACCAGAAUUUGAGAUGGUAACCAACAGCAUUUGGAAUGCUUACUUGAUGCCUACAGUCUUGUCUUGUCGAAUUGGCUUGACCUCUGGAGAUUUUGGGUUAGUUGGCUACUUCCCAAACCUGGUGUCUCGCCAAUUUGGCUUAACUCAAAUACUCCCUAAGAGCAUAUACUUGGAAGAGAGGGAGGUUUGUUUAGGCAAGCAUGGCAUGACAGAACCACAGUUCUAUUCAUUCUUGAACCACUUCAAUCAGCCUUCUUAUGAGCUUACCCCAUUCGACUUCGCUCCCUCACAUGCCUGCACUAGGGAAUUUUUUACCUGGUGGUCUCGACACUAUGAAGGACGCCUGGUUGACAAGACUGCCUUACUCACUGCUAUCUCUAAUGGGUUCGACUCAUCUAUUUUGAACAAGAUUAAGUCGAAAUUGAACGCCAGAGGGAGUAAGUCGAAGGCAGGUUCCAGCGACUCUAGCAAGCCUCUUCCUCCACCAUCUAAGGUUGAACUACAGAUUGCUUCACGCAAGAGGCCUCAUUCAACUGAAACUCCUUCUGUUUCGAAAAAACAAAAGCCUGUUCCAGCCACUUGUUCGAGUGCUCCAGAUAAGGUACUUAUCUAGCAAAAGACUUUUCUCUUCUUUUCCUUACCUGCGAACUUACGGAGUUGUGGCUUGCAGGAUAUUCCUGUUCUCUCGACCAUCCCCGAACAGACUACCGUUGUUACUACUCAAGAUCUUUCUCCCAGUGCUGAACCCAUUACUGAUGAGAAAAAGAAAAAGAAGAAGAAGAAGAAAGAACGCCAACCCACCCAAGAAAGUACUCCUGAGCGCAAGUCCUCUGAGAUUGAGGCACAACCUGAUACUCUGGCAUCACCUGAAGAUCC